UAUGUGUGGAUAAACCGCUCCGAUUGCGACGAUGCAUUCAUAAUCAAAAUCAUGUUAUGAAAACAAGGACUAACACAGUGAGAGACAAAUCAUUGGAAGUGUUUAUAAAACUGUAUAAUUUUAUUGUUUUAUAUGUGGAUGAAACAACAUUUUUAAUUCAACUAUUGUGAUUUUUUAUAACAAGUACGUGACGUAUGUCAGCUGUUGACUUUUGAAGGAUAUGGGUGAAACAAAGCCCAAAGUUGUGAUCAUCGGUGGAGGGAUCUCCGGGAUAGCCUUAGGAGACCAUCUCGCUAAAAAUGGAUUCAAAGAUUACGUUAUACUUGAAGCGUCAAAUAGAACAGGCGGUAGAAUUUAUACCGUCAAUCUCGAUGCCGAAGGCCAUAAAGCGGAAAUGGGGGCCAAUUGGAUACACGGCAUAGAAAGAAACCCAAUUUUUAAAAUUGCUGAUGACAAUAAUUUGCUAGAAUUGAGACAUGGUAAUAAAGGUCUUCGUAAUAAAACAUCCUUUAAAAUGGAAAACGGAGAUGAAGUAACUGAAAAAAUAGUCAAUCAAGUAAAUUUGAACUAUGGGCAACUUAUUAUGCAAGCAGAGGAUUUUUAUCAAAGUGGUAUGCCCACAAUGGAAGAAAAUGAUAGUGUUGGAGCAUUUCUGGAACGUGAAUAUGAAGACACUUUGGAACGGUAUACAAAUGGUGACCGUCAUGUUAGAGAAUUGUUGUUUGAUCAGCGAAAAAGGCUAGAGUGUUGUAUAUCUGGCUGUGAUACAUUGUCAGAGGUUUCUUUGAGUGAGUUUGGAAGUUAUGAAGAACUACCAGGUGUUCAUUAUACAAUCCCACCAGGUUUUACUGCAGUUUUAGAAAUCCUAAAAAGUAGUAUUCCAAAGGAAAAUAUUUUACUCAAUCAUCCAGUCAAAUGUAUACGAUGGAAUAGACAAUUUCCAGAGCCAGAAAAAAAUGUUUAUGAAUGUUGUGUUGAAUGUGAAAACGGUGAAAAAUUCUAUGCAAAUCACGUAAUAUGUACAGUUUCACUAGGUGUUUUAAAAGCUGCUUGUGAUAGGAUGUUUAGCCCACCAUUGCCUAAAAUGAAAUUAGAUGCAAUUGAUGCAGUAGGAUUUGGCAUUGUAGACAAAGUUAUUGUUCAGUUUGAUGAACCAGUGACAGAGCCCGAAUUGUUUCGAGUAGAACUUGUGUGGGACAAUGAUCUCAUUGAAAUGAAUGAUCUGCGACACACAUGGUAUCGUAAAAUAUACUCCUUUGAAGUGGUACAUGACAAUGUUUUAGUUGGAUGGUUAAGUGGUAAAGAAGCACUGUAUAUGGAGUCAUUGACGGAGGAGCAGAUAGGACAAGACAUUGUGGAGGCUCUGAAAAAAUUCCUUAAUAAAAAAGACAUUCCACAGCCAAGAAAAGUCAUCAGGACCAGAUGGGGAAAUAACCCUUACACUAGAGGAUCAUAUAGUUUCCUGAAAGUAGGAGCUCAGGCUGUAGACGUAGAUGCUCUAUCAGAACCCUUAAUGGGAUCAGAAUCUGAUAAGCCUCAAGUGUGCUUUGCAGGGGAGGCAACCCAUCCAACUCACUACUCAACUACCCAUGGGGCAUUGCUGACAGGCUUGAGAGAAGGAAAGAGACUGACAGAUUUGUACAAAUGAUGAUAGUUGUUAUGUAGUCUCAUUUUAUGUUGUAUCAUACUGACACAAAUUUAUGAGAGUUAUGAAUGGUGCAAAUGGUCAUAUAUUAUUUCUCAUUUUAUAGCAUUAUCUCCAAUUAACUUACCAAUACCCUUUAAUUUACUGCGUAUGAUAUUUUAGUGUCCAUUUUAUAAUAUUUGUAAAGUUUAUUUUACUGUCAGAGUUUGAUUUGCAUAAAGCUAAUUUUUCUGUGACCUCUGUAUUAGCAAGUGGAAAUGGCAAAUUUUAUAAUUAUAUGCUUGAAAUUUACUUUUUUUUAACUGACAAAUCUUGUUGAAAAUGUAUUACGUGGAAGUAUAGACUUUAGCUGAUCUAUAUCACAUACAAGUGGACUAAAUAGAAACAUUGUUUUAAGAUGUAUUGAAUAAGACACCAUUAAACUUUAUAUUUUGAAAGAAAACAACAAUUUUGAAUUUUGUCACUUGCACUUCAUUGGUCAAAUUUCUUUUAUCACUUGAACUUUUGAGUAUUGGUAUGAAAAUUACCCCUUUUAAAUGUAAAUACAUUUUUAGGAAAUUACUAAUGAAAACAAAUCUUUUUGACAAGUCUGUAGAAUACCUGGAUUUUUUAUUUUUUUUCAUAAAGACCUGUUAAUUAGAAUAUCAAUAGUUUUCUGUUGACCCAUUCUUUUAUAGGAGCCAUUGACCUCAGUAUAUUUUUUUGUCGUUUUUUUUUUUUUUUUUUUUUUUUAAAGAAAAAGGGAUUUUAUAGAUUGAUACUUUUAACCAAUAGAAAACAAGAAACUAAUGAUUAUACAAGAGCAUAAUAAUUUCUUGGAGAGUUGUCCCCUUCUAAAAUACAUAACACAAACUCUUCAUUGUAUUUGUUCAUUCAUAUAUUAUAGUACAAAGGUCUUUUAUGAGCUGUUUUAUUAAAUGCUUAGGGAUCUAAUAUUCAAGAAAUAGUCCGAAAUUUUUCAGGAAAGUCAGCAGGCCUGAAGAGAUUCUUUAGGUAUCUUGAACUAUUCCAUUCAUAGUUUUAUCAAUAUAACAGGCCUAUCAUAAAAGCUGCAGACCUCAAUUGAACAUUGAUUCAAAAGGAUGGUACAUGUAUCUUUUAUUUUUUAAUGUUUUGAUAUUAUUUUCACAAAAGUUCUUGAUUUUAUGAAAGGUUCAGCUUUUAUACAUGUACUUCCUUCUACACAAAUUAAGCACAAAACCAGCAUCUUGGAAUUUUAGCUGUAUAAUAUUUUUAUGUCAAAGGUAAAUGUUGUUGAAUUUUGGAGUGAAAAUUUCACAUUAUAAGUAGCAACUGCAAACUUAGUGGAAAUUUAACACAUACAAAAAUCCAAAAUGCUGAUUUGAUCACCUAAUAACCUCAGGAAUAAUUAAAAGAUAAAUCAGUAUGUUGGCAUUGUGUAGAAUUAAUUCAAUUUUUAUUUAUAUCACAUUGUAUUGUCACCUAUGAGCGGGUCUUUUAAUACCUCAGACUACCAACACGUUAACGUUAUUUAUUAAAUUUAUAGCCAAUUCUGUUUGAACACAGUUUAUGCAUUUUGUUAAAAUAUCUCCACAUAUAUUUAUCAUACGAUCAUUUAAACUAUGUUAAUUUUUGCUGAUUGAUGAAGGAUAAUGUUUUGUUAUUUGGGCUUUUGAGAAAUUUUAGAAAUGGUGCUCACUGGACAAGGGAGGUUAUCCUCUGUUCACAGAAAAACAUAUUUUACACAGCUUUGAAUGGAAAUUCUUAAAUUGAAUUGUUCAUUGACUACAGGUAUUUAUAAUUGUAGUGAAUCAGUCAUUGACUACAGGUAUUUAUAAUUGUAGUCACUGGCAAUGAAUGUUUGCAAAUGAAUUGUUCAGUCUUGUUGCAGAGUUUUUUAUUUACUUUGUUCUACCUCAUGAGUUUUGUUCAAUUUACCAUGUUGAUCUAACAUCUUUUUGAGAAUGCCACUGUCAGUAUGCUACAAAACAUAGAAGUGUUUUGAUUAUUUUUCUAGGGUGUCGCUGUCAUUAUACUACAAACAAAGAAAGUUUUUUGAUAUUUUUUUUUUUUUUUUUUUUUUUUUUUUUUUUUGGUGUCUAUUUUAAUUUUUUUAAAUUUUAUUUGUUUUGCUGAUUGUUCCUUUCAAUUUUUUUUAAGAAUUUAUAUUAUACAACGAAGGUGGACCAAAGAUGAAUUUUACAUCUUUGUCUCUGAGAAGUAUUUUCUCUCAGCAUAACUUGCAAAAUAAUGAAGUUGUUAAUAAAUUUCCACAAAAUUAUUUAAAUCUGUUGUCUCCAUUUUCAAAUUCCUUGUCAAGAGGAACAAAAGCUGAUGACAGUAAUGUUUGCAGAAAAUAUAUAACUUUUCUCUGUUGGGACUGUAUAUUUUUGCAAUGAAACAGUUAAAAAAGGUCAAGUUGCAAAAGUUGCCAAAAAUAAGGGAAAAUGAUAAAAUUUAGAAUGUAAGUUUGUAUAGUUUGCUUUGGUGUAUCUAUUGGUUCUUAUGCACUGAUAGUUGGAUUGAUUGAAGAACGUGUCCUCUUUUUUUUUUCCACGUAUAAGGAUGUUGAAUGAAAAUGUUUUAGUUUGUCAGAUUUAAAAAAAAAGGAAAACAUUUGAACUUUGAAAAAUGUAAUGCAAUGUAUGUUUCAUUUAAGUAUAUCAUCACAUAUUUAUUUAUGUCAUUUUUUCCCUAGUCAGUCAGUGGUAUAUAUUGUAGUUAUUUAGAAUUUCUGUAAUAUUCGGAACUUGUAUUUUUAAUCAUCAGUGAUUGUGCAACCAUAGCGUCAGAGUUUUUGAAAAUGUGUCAGUAUGAACUUUUAACAUUACAAGAAAGUUAUAAAGAUGAAUUGGAAAUCAUACAAAAAAAAUUAAUGUUCAACUUUUAUUUUAAAUGAGAAGACUAAUAAUAAGUUAUAUUUAAUAUAACAGUCAACGAAAUUUACACACAUGAUAAGUCAAGAGUGCUUAAAUUUCACAUUUGUAAACUCUGAUGUUAUGUAUGUAGAAUAGUAAGUUAUUUCUUACAGGGCUUUUCUAGAAAAAAAUAAUCAAGGGUGAAAAUAAAAAAAUUAAUAAUGUUGAAGUAUGAGUAAAAGUUUUUUUAUUUUAAUUUCUCCGGGAUUAGGGAAAAGAAUCCGAAAACUGUUGUCAUUUAAUUUGGUUGGAACAAUUUUCAUGUUUUUAGAAAAUCAAUAGUCUAAAUUUUUUAUUUUUAUUAUUUACGUGCAAGUGAGAACUGGAUUUAGUCAAGUCUUUAAUUUAAAUUUGGUUUGGGAAUCUACUUAUCAAACCAUGAAAAUAUCCAAUAAAAUGUAAAUAAUGGUGUUUGUUUGAUACCAAAACUGUUUCUAGAAAGGCCCUUUUUUUUUUUAUCAUCGACAUAAAUUACGUUUGAUGCCAAGUGAAUUUAUAAAAAUUGUGCAAUUGAUUUUUUUUUAAUUCUGUAUCAAUCUUGAAUGUAUCUGUACAUGUAUGUUCUAAGUAAAUUAAGUCAUGAAUGCUAAUCUAAUUUAUACUCUGUACAUCAGAACUUGAAUGUGUACAUGUUGAAAUCAAUGUCAAUUCAGCUCAAUUGUCACAUGACACUGCAAAGGCUUGUUUUGUCUUCUUAAGGUUUUCUUUUCACCUUCUCUGACUUGUCUGUUAAAAUUAAAAAGAGUUCCAACUAUCUUCUGCCUACUGGUUCUUAGGGAACCAUAUCGUGGCCUCAUUUAAUAGAUAUUUUGCAUGUUUAACUAAAUUAAUAUUGAGUUGUUUAAUAUGGUGUUAGAGAAGUAAAUUUACUGAAAAAUAGAAAGUAUAGACGACCAAAAGAAGUCUAUGGUAUGGUCAGCCAUGGUCAACAUGCUGCUUCCAUGCUGAGUAAACUAAAAUAGGAGAAACCUUUUUUAAUUCACACUACUCAUGUUCUAUAUCUAUACCAUUGAUGAUCGUCUCACCCAUUUAUUAUAGUUAUUAGCGUAAUUAUGAAACUUUGGUAAAAUAAGCUAAUAUCUUGUAUAUUAGACAUCAGUAUAGUAAAACAUGUCAGAUUCUUGUUCAAGUACAGACAUUUUACUUUAAUAUAUCAAGAGAAUGGUGUCUCUGAAAUUUGACCAAGGCAAGUUGAAGUUCGCCCAUGUUGUAUGUUACAAAUUUUGCAUUUAUCAUGUUUUUUUCUUGGUUUUUAAGUGAUCAAAUGAUCACCUAAAAGACCAAGACAUUAAAGCAAAAUCACAAUAUCACUUAAAAGACCAGGACAUUAAUGAAAAAUCACACAAUCACGUAAAAGACCAGGACAUAAAUGCACAAAAUUACAUGAAUGCUUUGGGUUCUGAAUCUUUGAAAUUAAAACAAGUCAUAUGAUUCAAAUUUUUCAUAUCAUAAAUGAAGAAAAAACAAGCCUUUACUUGAAUAAUUGAAACUACCUUAAUUUAAAGUUGACAUUGACAACUUGUCAGGAUUAUUAUAUCUUGAGAUUUUCAUUUAGUAAUAAUAUUAUUAUGUUGUUUUCAUUUGUUUGAUUAUGUUCAUUUAUCAGCAAUCUAAUAAUUUAAAACCGUCCAUGGGAUGAAAAUUAUGCCAUGCAAACUGGAGUAGGUUUUUAUUUCCCUAAAGUUGGUAGAUAACAAUAUGUGAAUUAAAAAACAACCAUGACAAAAUGUUGCCUUGGAUUUGUUUUGCUAGAGAAUGUACUGCACUUUUGUUUGGCUAUGCCUUUCUGAUGUUUAAUUGAAAUUGAAAUUUUAUCUCUCAUAAAAGCAUUAUGACCUUGAGAAGUCCUUGAUUCUAUAUUUGAAAUAAUAGUAGGAAAUAUUACUUACUUCAGGUGUUUUCAUGCAAGUACAUUUUUUAAGAAUUGUUUUUCAAAAUAAUUUAAAGAAAAAACUAUGUAUAAGUUGUUUCAGAUUUUUUUUUUCAAAAUACAAAUGCCAAACAGUUACUGUUCUUGAAUUAAAAGGCAUUAUUCUAUGUUAUUGAACAAAAAGGAAAUGAGAAGUACAAUAAGGGGUUCAACACUCCCAAAAGAUAUUUUGUUUUUUGUUUUAUUUAAUGUAUUUAAUAUGUCAAAAAUUUGUUAUCAACAGACUUGCCAAACACCAAGAGAGAUGAAUAUUAUUUGGAGGCAGAAUUAUAGUCAAUUUUAGGUUUGAAUUGAACAGUCGAUUUGAUUUGAUGUAGUAAAAUGUUCUCAUACGGAGACAGUUGUAAGAUACACAGAAAUUACACCUGAUAAUCAAGCAAAACAAAUAUAAGUCAUUGCAAAUUUGUUUGUUAGUUUUUGAUGAAUUGAAAUACAUUUACAAGAUUUUAACAGAUGUUUUAUGAAAUGGCAGAGUUGUAUUGUUAAACUUUUCUAUUUUCUUGUAGAUAGGGUAAUGUAAUCUUUUGUGUCCCAUACUCCAGAUGAUUUCUUUGAGAUUAUUUUAUUAAUGUCAUUAUUCAAAAAUGUUUUUCCAUUGUAUUUACACUUGAGAACAAAUUAUAAGGUAAUUAAAAAGAAUUCUAUAGAAACAGAUGAGGGGGUCUUAACAUUUUAACAUAAAUAUAAUGUAUAAUGGAAUGAGAAAUCAAAUAAUUUAUCUCUAGUUCUGUUUAAAAACUUUAAACAAAUAUCCCAAAAAUUUGAAUCAGAUGUACAUGAGUAAUUUUGAAAAUUGAAUCCUCCUGAAACAAAACAACACAGAAUGGAUUGCUCUGUAUUGGAGUUAGGGAACCAGUUUCUAUGAAGGACUAGGGAUUACAUUGUCCUGUCUAAUUGUAGAUCAGAAUUAAUGGAUGGUGUGUUAGAUUGCUCAGUGCUGGCUAUAGCAGCAUACUUAUUGUCACAUUAAAAUGUUCUGAGUAUUAAAUAAAGUAUAAUAAAUAUA